UUUCCUCGCUGGCCGUGAACUGCCCCUCAUCCCUGCUGAGACGAUGGAUGUACUUUCCAAGCUGCAGAUAAUAUCAGAUCUGUAAUUUGUUGUGCCAUCGCGUUAGUUUUCGGAGUAACUUCAAGUUGCAUUUUAGGAUGAUGGUAGACUUUGUCAUCGGUCAUGCCUGUUAGGAACAUUUCUGUUUUAAACAUUGACUUAGGGAUUGAGUUUUUUGUUACGAAGCUAUGACUUGACGGUGAUUGUUGACGUUGUGUACAAUUUGAAUAAUCUGUAAUAUGCACAUUCAUGUGCUCUCACGAAGCACGCAAUAAUGUUUUUGCUCGUAAGGCUUACUUUUUUCUUGGGUAGUUUGGCGCUGGUUACUGUCUUGUCAGACGCCAGGAUCUCUAAUAUGGAUGGAAAUUCUAGCGGAACUGGGAUGACAACGGUCAACAACAGCAGGCUGGCAGAGGGAUUAUCAAGGAACAGCCCGACUCUUCACGAGACUUACAGAAAAAUAGUGCGCUCCACAGGUGCGUCAGUUUUGGAUUCUGAGAGGACUUCAACAACUGAUAGUAAAGCUCAUUCAACAAAACAUAGUAGGCCUAGUUCCGAUCAUAUGUUAUCAAGGCGAAAUGAAAUCUCGAGUAAUCACCUCGAAUUUCUUGGGCAUCGAGUCAACAGCCAAACACAGGAGCUGGAGGUGCCAGGAACCACCAGUAAACCAACAUCCAUACACUCGGACUCGGAGCAUCGCCUUGGGGGACAGCCCAGAUUUAAAAGAGUUGCAGAAGACAGCAAAACAAAAGAUUUAAUUGAAAAGAGACCGACUGACAAAUAUGGCAAAGAAACAAAUCUUGGAGAUGUGCAUUUAGCAACAUCAAAUACCAUGUGGGAAUCUGUGCCGAAGCCUAUGGCACAGAAUUCAACAGAUUCUCCUUUCGAUUUCACCAGAAAUUAUGAUUUAUUAACUGUGCCAGAUCAUGAUUUAGACGAAAUCACCCCUUUGAUACCACUGGUUACACGAAAGAGAGGUAAUGAAGUAAAAAAUCCCUUUUACCCUGUCACAUCUGAAACAUAUGGAGCAUAUGUGAUUUUGAUCAUUUCUGUUAUAAUUUUCUCCGUUGGAAUUCUCGGCAACAUAACAAUUAUGUGCAUCGUUUGUCACAACUACUACAUGCGAAGCAUCUCCAAUUCCCUCCUGGCCAAUCUUGCUUUUUGGGAUUUUAUUAUCAUAUUUUUCUGCCUGCCUUUAGUCAUUUUCCAUGAAUUGACAAAGGACUGGCUACUUGGAGAAUUCUCUUGCAAGAUUAUUCCAUAUAUUGAGGUGGCUUCAUUAGGCGUAACGACAUUUACACUCUGUGCACUCUGCAUCGACCGCUUCCGCGCCGCCACUAACGUGCAAAUGUACUACGAGAUGAUCGAGAACUGCACGUCCACGGCGGCCAAGCUGGCGGUCAUCUGGGUUGGCGCUCUUCUGCUGGCUCUGCCGGAGCUGCUGAUCCGGCAGCUGGUGCGGGAGGAGCGCGAGCCGGCCGAGGUGACGCCGUGCGAACGCUGCGUGGUGCGCAUCUCCACCGAGCUGCCGGACACGCUCUACGUGCUGGGCCUGACCUAUGACAGCGCGCGCCUCUGGUGGUACUUCGGCUGCUACUUCUGCCUGCCCACGCUCUUCACCAUCUGCUGCUCGCUGGCCACCGCGCAGAAGAUUCGACAGGCCGAGCGCGCCAACGUGCGGGCCAGCCGCAAGCAGAUCCAGCUGGAGGGCCAGAUGAACUGCACGGUGGUGGCGCUUGCCAUUGUCUACGGCUUCUGCAUCAUCCCCGAGAACAUCUGCAACAUCGUGUCGGUGUACAUGGCGGCGGGCGUGCCGCGCCGCGCGCUGGACAUCCUGCACCUGGUCAGCCAGAUGCUGCUCUUCUGCAAGUCGGCGGUGACGCCGGUGCUGCUGCUGGCCCUGUGCCGGCCCUUCAGCCGCGCCUUCAUGGACUGCUGCUGCUGCUCACUAGAACAUCGCAACCCCAGCGAGAGGACACGCCGGGAAGCGCCGUCCGUCAUGCACGUGUCACAGACUAUUGUCCAGGGAAUCGGGGAGGCGGAGGACAGGGGAGAGGAGGAGGAGAGGCUGGACAGGACAGGACACCACCCUGUGUGGAGCCUCAUGCUGCAGCCUCACUGCAGCACACUUGAAAACUAG